GAUUGCUCAUACAUUUGAAGCAAAAUCUAAGCGUGUGGAUGAAUAAGGGAUAGAUAGAUAGUUGAAUAUGGAGAGAAUAGUAAAAUAUGGAAUCAUAGGUGCGGGAAUGAUGGGAAGAGAGCACCUUAUCAAUCUGCAUCAUCUUCGUAACGAAGGCGUAGCCGUUGUCUGCAUCGCAGAUCCACAUCUUCCUUCUCAGCAACUUUCUCUUCAAUUAGCUCAUUCAUUCGAUCAGUCGCUCCAGGUUUUCUCUGGGCAUGAAGAGAUGUUAGAUAGUGGAAUGUGUGAUGUGAUUGUUGUAUCAACUCCGAACAUGACUCACUAUCAGAUCCUGAUGGAUAUAAUCAGGCAUCCAAGACCCCAUCAUGUGCUUGUUGAAAAGCCUCUUUGCACGACUGUCUCCCAUUGUAGAGAGGUUAUGGAGGCUGCUAAGAAUAGGCCAGACGUUCUGGUGCAAGUUGGAUUAGAAUACAGGUAUAUGCCACCAGUUGCUAAGCUGAUAGAAAUAGUCAAGGAAGGGUUAUUGGGUCGGGUCAGAAUGGUUGCAAUUAGGGAACAUCGAUUUCCAUUCUUGGUUAAGGUGAAUGACUGGAAUAGGUUCAAUUGUAACUCUGGUGGGACGCUUGUUGAGAAAUGCUGCCAUUUUUUCGAUCUAAUGAGGUUAUUUUCUGGUUCAAAUCCUGUUCGUGUAAUGGCCUCUGGAGGGGUUGACGUGAACCAUAAAGAUGAAAUUUAUGAUGGCAAGGUUCCUGACAUUAUCGAUAACGCCUAUGUGAUUGUUGAAUUCGAGAAUGGUUCUCGAGGAAUGCUUGAUCUUUCGAUGUUUGCUGAAGGAAGCAAAAAUGAACAAGAAAUCUCUGUUGUUGGUGACAAUGGAAAGGGAGAGGCUUUGAUACCAGAGGGUAUUGUUCGUGUGGGUGCUCGACUGCAGGGAAGGGACGGUGUCCAGACUUUGAAACCCGAGGAUAAUAGGAUAAAGUAUGAAGGUUUGCAUCAUGGGUCUAGCUAUUUGGAGCAUCUAAACUUUUUACAUGCGAUAAGGUCUGAAGGUGCCAAGGCUCCCCCAGUGGACCUGGUCGAUGGGUUGAUCUCGGUUGCUGUGGGAGUCGCAGCACAGUAUUCAAUUGAGCAAGGACGGUUUGUCACCAUUGAAGAAGUCAUGAACGAAAAACGCAUUUAAUAUUUUUAUCCAAUUGUAAGUAUCGUGUAAUGUAAUGAGAUACUGCAAUAUUAUCUCUCGUUUAUUUAUGUGGCUUAAUCUGACUUUUCUAUA